GGUGUGUUAAAAUAGCUGUGAGGUGACAGGAAGAUGUUUCACUCAGGUCCCUCUUUAGUGUUCAUCCUUCAAAUGAUGAAGGAUGGGUUGGAUUGACUUGGAACCUUCCUCCAACAGAGCCAUCUAUUCAUGAUGAAAAAGUUAGUUCACAGUUUAUUUUUCAGCUGACCCCUUACAAUGUUUUCUUCACCAGUAGCUGUAUUUUUGCAAAUCUGCAUGUUUAAAUAUUUUCCUGAGAUCUUCUGGAAAGAAGAAUUGAAUACUCAAUUGAAUUGAUCAGACCUUGAAAGAGAAGCUUCCUUUGGUCAGGAACGUGACGGUUGGUCCUGGUGUUUUAAAUUCGACAGGCGAUGAGGACAAAGUCUGCCCACUGGCCCUUCAGGAUCCCAUUUCAGACUUUAGUUCUACCUGAUUCUCUGGAUUCAACCUGGGCUUCCUCAGACAUGUCUCCCCUCUGGGCUUCCUCAGGGAGCCCACCUGUAAUAUGGAGAUGAGAGGCUAGACUCAGAAACUGUGAGUCUGAGGAAUAUUGACUCCUGAAGUGUUUGGCCAAAUUGUGUGUUUGUGUGUGGGAAUUCUUUCUAGUGAGAGUGUCCUGUGUUAUUUAGAAUUUUUCACGGUUCCCAGUCAUCCCAGAAUGAAAAGCAAAAAUGCUAGGGUUUUAUUUGUCCUCGGGACAAAAUCCAGUUUCCUUCCUGUAGCUACACAGACCUGUAUCAUCCUCAGGGCCCAGCCGGCGUCUCCAGCCUCAUCCUGGGAGCUGACCCUGUUCUCAUGGUUCACUCUGUCCUGGUCACAUUACCUUUUCUCUCUCACACCAAUACCUUUCAUGUUUCAGAUCUUAGUUGCUCCUCUUACCUUUUUCUUUUAAAUCAGCAUGAUUCUGGCCAUACACCCUCCUUCAGGUCUUAGUUCAGAGAUGGCUCCCCAUCCACCCCCUGACAAUCUCUGCGACAUUAACCAGAUUUUAUUGCCUCAAUAUCAGUCACCCUCAACAGAAACGCACUUCUCCAUUGAUUAUUUUGAGUCUCUUGUCCUUAACCUCCACCGAAGGACACAGUAUUCAUCUUUUUCCCAGGGUCACUGCAACGCCUCACUCGUGGGAUGUUUUCAGAUGCUAGGAAUUUCCAUUGGGCUGAGUACUCCUCAGGGAAUACGAAGGUAACAGGGUAGGUGAUGAGGGUGGUUCCCAUAUUUGUUCUGGGUAUUUCAGCGCUUAUUGAUCUUUACCUUGUGUGCCUACUUAAUUACUCCAGAGCAAAAAGAUGUAGGGAGGCCUAAGAAGCCCUGUACAACUGGUUUCCUCCUGCAGUGGUGUCAGGUGUCCUCACGUUUAUUCUGCUGCGUUACUGCUCUGCUGUAGCUACAGGUGUUCCAGGUGUGCACAUCCAGGGACCAGUCGCCACCUUGACAGGUGCUUUGCCUUCCAGCAGUUCACUUGCUCAGAGUCAGCGGUAGUGAUUUCACUGUGCUAAGGGGGGGGCAGAAGGUCCAGAACCUAAGGGGAUAUGAAGGAGAGUGCCCUAAAUAGGGACUGUAUUUUCCAAUUCGAUGUGAGUAGGGAGAACAGGAGACAAGAAACUUAGGGAUGCUCUCUCUUUGUAACUGUCUCACUGAACUCAAAUGCCUGUGUAACUGGACUCCGUAACGUCCCUAGUUGCUAGCAAGUAUUCUCCAGAGGGCCAGCUUUUUGACCUUCAUACUGAACGCCCAGAGUCCUUUGGGCGGGAGCUUCUGUGUUCUUGUUGCAAUAUCUUUGCUGAGAGGUCUUUGUGCCCUUUAUCACGUUUCCUCUUGUUCGCCUGGAGGAGAGAUAGAGAAGUCACGUUUCCUCUUGUUCGCCUGGAGGAGAGAUAGAGAAGUCGGGGAAGUGAAGCAGAGCCUGUAUGGGUCUGCACGAGGGAUAUGGCCGCAGGUGUGGGCAUCAAGUUGAGCCCAGUGAAUGUGUGCACCUGUCCCUUGUGGAAUCAAGGGAUGUGGGGAAGUGUUGGCAAGGGAUGUCUUAAUUCUGUCUGGAGCAUCAGGACACGGGUUUAUGGGUGGUUGUGGGUUUGAGGUGCCGUAGGCGCCUAGCUCAGCUUCCCUGUAACAUAGAUGCUGAGACUGAGGCUUGCAUGUAUUGGUUACAUUGGGUCACACCUUCAUUCCUGAGGAGGAAUGAAGACAGUGGAUUUAGAAAGAGAGAACCAUUUUCCCCCAGUAUUGUUAGAGCUGUGGCCUGAGAUAUACCCAUAGGGAGCUCUGGGUACAGGAGGGUGGCUGCCGUGGUACCGCAGGAAUGGAUCUACAGGGUGCCCUGUAGAAUCCACUCUAAGCAGUGACUUGUGUUGGCUUUUUUGGGAGGGCAAGAAUCGUCGUGUAAACCUCCAAGUAAUACAGGGAAAGUCUCAGAGAUCAUUUUUCGCAUUACCUUUGCUAUUUUUGAGCAUUUUGGGUUGUGAGUGAAGAAUAUUUCAGAUGCACUAUGAAAGAUACAAAAGAGAGCACUUCAUUGGGCAUGUUGGGGUCUCACUGAGGCAUGUGUAUCAUUGGAGACAUCUUUUUAAUUGGUAGGUUUUGGAGACGACAGUGUUUGUGCUGGAAUCAUUGUAAAUGAAAGUAUGGGGUUUUGGGUCCACUGAUCCUUGGGUGUCUCCAUCUGUGUUUUUUCCUGAUGCAUGAGUUUUGAAGAGCUUGGUUUGUUAUUUGGUAUUUUAUAUGAGGAUCACUAAGAGAGGGUCUGGAGACUGUGUUGGACCCCAUAAGAGUUUGUUAGUUUAUUUGUGUCCAUAUGGGAAAUUAUGAGUUCUAUGUCAGAUGGCAGAAUAUUUUGAGCAGGGAGCUUCUGCUAGGUAUGUGUCUAGCACGGACCAUAAAGUCCUGUCAUGUUUGGAAAGAUUGUUUCAAGAAUCAAAGGGCCCCAACGCCACAGCGAUCUAAAGUCUAGAGGCUCAUCCUUGGGAAGAAAUAACUGUUAACUUUCUUGCUGCCAGGCUCAUGCUUGUUUCUGUACUAUCCUCUCUUUAUCUGUCUCAACACACAGACACACACAUAUACACACACAGGCCCAAUACAGAGAACAGAGCACACUUAAUGCCCUGUUGAUGGGAAUGUAAAUGAUAUGGCUAUUAUGGAAAACAGUAUGGUGGUUUCUCAGUAAAUUUAAUGUAGAACAGACACAAUCUGUCAAACCCAUCUCUGGCUCGAUAUCCAAAGGAAAUGAAAUCAGUAUAUUGAGUGAAAUGUCUGCCGCCAAUGAGCAUUAAUGCAUUAUUCGCAACAGCCAAGUUGUAGAAAGAACCAUAAUGUUGACGAAUGAAUAAUGAAGAGAUUUUAUAUAUAAAUAUAUAUCUAUGUAUGUAUGUAUAUACACACACACAAAAUUCAGCCAUAAAAAUGAAGGAGCCUAUCAUUUGUGACAAAAUGAAUGAACCUAGAAUGAAUAUGCUCACUGAAAUAAGCCUGACAGAAAAAGGUAAAUUCUGUGUGGAAACUAGAAAUGUAAAACUCAUAGAGCUCUAGAGUAGAAAGGUUGUUACCAGGGGCUGGGUGGUGGAGAAAAUGGGGCGAUGUUGCCCAAGGGUUAGAAACUGUCAUUUGUAGAAUGAGUAGGUUCUGGGGAUCUGUGUGUACCAUGCUGACUAUAGUUGAUCAUAGUGUGUUACUAUAUACUGGAGAAUUGUUGAGGGAGUAAAAUUUUAGUGUUCUCACUACACAGGCACAAAAUGGUAACUGUGAGUUAAUGGAAGUGUAAAUUACUUGAUGCUGAUAAUUAUUGUACAUCGUGUACAUCUGCCAAAUAACCACGUUGUACAGCCUAUAUGUACACCAUUUUUAUUCAUCAGUUAUACCUCAGUAGUGCUUGAAAAGAAAAAGAAAGCGUGAGGUGUGCUGGGCUCACCUCCUCUAGGUGGUGCUCAGCCCAGGCUUCACAUUGAUUUGAGUAAGGCAUCUUCAUAUGUUUUAUACCCCCUGACCAGAGAUGCCUUUUAAAGGAGCUGGGAUGGGGCCCAACAUGAAUAAUACUUAAGGUUCCCCAGGAUGUUCCAAUCUGGAUCCGUCACUGAACAUCAGGACUCUGAGUCCCCCUGUUCCUGAGGGCUGAGAUCUGGGCUGAGGGUGAGGGCUCUGCUCUGUGUGGGGAUGGAUCAGGGCUGGUCUGUGACCUGCAGGGGAUCGUCGGGUCCAGCUGAGGUGCUCGCUGCUGCUGGGUACGUGAGGGCCUCACCUGGAGGGGAGCCUGAUCUGAAGGAAAGGGUGGGAAAACUCACUGGUUGGUCUCUGUGUGGGAAUUACUGUCCUGAGCCCCUCCUGGGACAGUGGGCAGCAGAGGACCGUCUGUUCCCCAUGCUGAGGGCUUCCCUGUGUGUGUGGUGGUGACUCAGGAAGGGGGUGUGUUGAUUCUAAGCAUUAAACAGCCUGUUUCCAACUUUGAAGAUCGACCUCUAAAGCCUCACAUGGUCUGAGGAAGAAGCCCUGAAGAGGAGGAAGAGGAGAGAGAAGGAGUAAGAAAUGGCUCUUUCUCAGGGACAGUUGACAUUGAAUGAUGUGGCCAUCGAAUUCUCUCCAGAAGAGUGGGAAUGCCUGGACCCUGCUCAGAGGGCCUUGUACAGGGAUGUGAUGUUGGAGACCUACAGGAACCUGAUCUCUGUGGAUAUUUCUCAUAUACACGUGGUAAGGAAAUUACAGCUAAAAUCAAACAUUGAUAGAGGAGGAGUAUUCCAAACAGUGAUUUUGGGAAGACAUGAAAUCCAGGAACCUUUUUACCUCUCGGAAAUACAGGAGAAUAUGUUUGACUUUGGAUUUCAGUGGAGACAUGAUGAAAGGAAUUACAGAAAUAUCCCUACAUCCCAUAACCAAAAUGUCACUGAUAGAAGAAGUCAACAUGGUGGAAGGGAUGUGGGAAACAACCAUAUUGGAAAGAGACUUGUGUUAAGCCUUCAGGAUGAACUGCAUAUGUUUAAAAGUAAACAGAAAAUUGAUGAUUUUAGUAAAGCUAAGAAGAGUAUCAGCAGUAUUUCCUCAUUUUCGCCAGUUGAAGGAAUUUCUCCUCCUGUCCAAACCAACAUUUCUAAUAUAUAUUUUAUGCAUCCUUCAAUACUGACACAAGACCAGAGCCCACACAGGGAAAUACCUUACAAUGAGUAUGGCAAAACGUUUCAUCAGGGCUCAAAUCUCAGGAGUCAUCAGAGAAUCCAUAUAGGAGAGAAAUUACAUAAAUGUGAUGUAUGUGACAAGGUCUUUAGCCGAAAUUCAGAUCUUGUAAUUCAUCAAAGAAUUCAUACUGGAGAGAAACCUUACAAAUGUAAUGAGUGUGGCAAGGUCUUUAGUACAAAAGGAAAGCUUUCAGUUCAUCAGAGAAUUCAUACUGGAGAGAAACCUUACAAAUGUAAUGAGUGUGGUAAAACCUUUAAUCAGAGCUCAAUCCUCACUCGACAUCGGAUAAUCCAUACAGGAGAGAAAUUACAUAAAUGUGAUGUAUGUGACAAGGUCUUUAGUCAAAAUUCAGACCUUGUAAUUCAUCAAAGAGUUCAUACUGGAGAGAAACCUUAUGAAUGUAACGAGUGUGGCAAGGUCUUUAGUCAGAAAAGAAAGCUUUCAGUUCAUCAGAGAAUUCAUACUGGAGAGAAACCUUACAAGUGUAAUGACUGUGGUAAAACCUUUAAUCAGAGCUCAACCCUCACUCGACAUCGGAUAAUCCAUACAGCAGAGAAAUUACAUAAAUGUGAUGUGUGCGCCAAGGUCUUUAGUCAAAAUCCAGACCUUGUAACUCAUCAGAGAAUUCAUACUGUGGAGAACGUAGUGUCUGUGGGAAAAUCUUUCUUUCUUCCGCAGGCAUCAAUAAUCCGUACAGGAUCCAAACCAUAUAAAUGUGAUGUGUGUGGCAGAGUCUUUAAUGGAAAUGCAGUCCUUGCACUUCAGAGAAUUCUUACUGGAGAGAAACCUUACAGAUGUCAUGAGUGUGGCAGGGUCUUUUGUGAGAAGACAACCCUUACAAGGCAUCAAGAAAUUCAUAUUGCAGAGAAACCUUACAAAUGUAAUGCGUGUGCCAAGGUCUUUAGUCAAAAACCCCAACUUCAAAUUCAUUGGAAAAUACAUAACAGAGCAAAUUACAAGAGUAAUGAUUGUGGCAAAGUGUUUAGUCAAAAUGCAAACCUUGUACGUCAUCAGAGAAUUCAUAAUGGUGAGAAGGCUUACCAAUGCAAUGAGUGUGGCAAGGUCUUUCGUCAGAGUUCAGCCCUUCCAAGUCUUCGGAGAAUUCAUAAUGGUCAGCAGUCUUACACAUUAUUUUGUGUUGCAAAUAAAGUUUCAGAUGCACUGAUACAAAAGGCCCCUCCUGCUCCCCACUCGGAGUACCCGAGCAGCUACCGCCAAUUCGGAGUCCAGCCCACCCGACGUGCACUCCUGAUUCCUUUCGGUUCUAAGUCCAAUAUGGCAACUCUCAAGGAUCAGCUGAUUCAGAAUCUUAUUAAGGAAGAACAUGUCCCCCAGAAUAAGAUUACAGUGGUUGGUGUUGUUGGCAUGGCCUGUGCCAUCAGUAUCUUAAUGAAGGACUUGGCAGAUGAAAUUGCUCUUGUUGAUGUCAUAGAAGACAAACUGAAGGGAGAGAUGAUGGAUCUCCAACAUGGCAGCUUUUUCCUUAGAACACCAGAAAUCGUCUCUGGCAAAGACUGUAAUGUGACAACAAACUCCAGGCUGGUUAUUAUCACAGCUGGGGCAUGCCAGCAAGAGGGAGAAAGCCGUCUUAAUUUGGUCCAGUGUAAUGUGAACAUCUUUAAAUUCAUCAUUCCUGAUAUUGUAAAAUACAGCCCAAACUGCAAGUUGCUUGUUGUUUCCAAUCCAGUGGAUACCUUGACCUGUGCAGCUUGGAAGAUAAGCAGCUUUCCCAAAAACCGUGUUAUUGGAAGCGGUUGCAAUUUGGAUUCAGCCCGGUUCUGUUACCUCAUGGGGGAAAGGCUGGGAAUUCACCCAUUAAGCUGUCAUGGGUGGAUCCUUGGGGAGCAUGGAGACUCUAGUGUGCCUGUAUGGAGUGGAGUGAAUGUUGCUGGUGUCUCCCUGAAGAAUCUGCACCCCGAAUUAGGCACUGAUGCAGAUAAGGAACAGUGGAAGGCAGUUCACAAACAGGUGGCUGACAGUGCUUUUGAGGCGGCCCUGUUUGCCCAUGAGUGCAUGGAGGAGAGGCAGAACAGUUGGGAAGUUGGAGGGGAGCCUGUAGGGGUCUUCAGGAGGGAUGUGGCAGCCAGUGUGGGCUUCAAGAUCGGCAGGCGGACUCUCAACCACUGCGCCACCAGGGAAGCCCCGGGUCAGUUGACACUGAAUGAUGUGGUCAUCGAAUUCUCUCAGGAGGAGUGGGAAUGCCUGGACCCUGCUCAGAGGGCCUUGUACAGGGACGUGAUGUUGGAGACCUACAGAAACCUGAUCUUUGUGGAUAUCUCUCAUAUACAUGUGAUCAAGAAAUUACAACUAAAGUCAAACACCGAUAAAGGUGGAGUAUUCCAAACAUUGAUGUUGGAAAGACAUGAAAGCCAGGGAAUCAAACAUUUUUACCUCCCGGAAAUUCAGGAAAAUACGUAUGACCAUGGUUUUCAGUGGAGAGAUGAUGGAAGAAGUUACAAAAAUAUCCCCAUAUCCUGUCACCAAGAUGUCACUGGUAGAAGUCCACAUGGUGGAAGGGAUGCAAAAAACAAGCCUAUUGGAAAUAGACUUGUGUUAAGCCUUCAGGGUGAACUGCAUAUGUUUAAAAGUAAACAGAAAAUUGAUGAAUUUAAUAAAGCUGUUAAGAGUAUCAGCAGUAGUUCCUCAUUUUCACCACUUCAAGGAAUUUCGCCUCCUGUCCAAACCAACAUUUCUAACAGAUAUGGGAGUGAUUUUAUGCAUCCUUCAAUACUGACACAAGACCAGAGCCCACACAGGGAAGUACCCUACAAGUGUAAUAAGUGUGGCAAAACCUUUCAUCAGGUCUCAAAUCUCAGGAGUCAUCAGAGAAUCCAUAUAGGAAAGAAAUUGCAUAAAUGUGAUGUAUGUGACAAGGUCUUUUGCCGAAAUUCAUACCUUGUAAUUCAUCAAAGAGUUCAUACUGGAGAGAAACCUUACAAGUGUAAUGAGUGUGGAAAGGUCUUUGAUAAGAAAGCAAGUCUUGCAGUUCACCAGAGAAUUCAUACUGGAGAGAAGCCUUACAAAUGCAAUGAGUGUGGCAGAACCUUUCCUAUCGGCUCAUACCUCAAAAGACAUCAGAUAACACACAUUCAAGAGAAAUUAUAUAAAUGUGAUCUAUGUGGCAAAGUCUAUCGUCAGAAUCUAUCCUUUCAACGUCAUCAGGGAAUUCAUACUGGAGAGAAAACUUACAAAUGUAGUUUUUGUGGGAAAACCUUUCUUUGUGGCACAGACCUCAGGAAACAUGAGCUAAUCCAUCCAGGAGCAAAAGCAUAUAAAUGUGAUGUAUGUGGCAAAGUCUAUGGUCAAAAUUCAUACCUUAAAUGUCACCGGAGAAUUCAUACUGGAGAGAAACCUUACAAAUGUAAUUUGUGUGGGAAAACCUUUUUUUUUAAAACAGGCCUCAGGAAACAUGAGAUAAUCCAUACAGGAGCAAAACCAUAUAAAUGUGAUGUAUGUGGCAAAGUCUUUAAUCAAAAAUCAGUCCUUGUGAAUCAUCAGAGAAUUCAUACUGGAGAGAAACCUCACAAAUGUAAUGAGUGUGGCAAGUUCUUUCGUGAGAAGCAAACCCUUAGAAGGCAUCAACAAGUUCAUACUGGAGAGAAACCUUACAAAUGUAAUGAGUGUGGCAAGGCUUUUAGUAUGAAAGGAAACCUUGCAGCUCAUCAGAGAAUUCAUACUGAAGAAAAACCUUACAAAUGUAACAGCUGUGGCAAAGUCUUUCGUGAGAAGCCAGCUCUUAGAAGGCAUCAACGCAUUCAUACUGGAGAGAAACCUUACAAAUGUAAUGAGUGUGGCAGAGCCUUUCGUGAGAAGCCAGCCCUUAGAAGGCACCAACGAAUUCAUACUGGAGAGAAACCUUACAAGUGUAAUGACUGUGGCAGAGCCUUUCAUGAGAAGCCAGCCCUUAGAAGGCACCAACGAAUUCAUACUGGAGAGAAACCUUACAAAUGUAAUGAGUGUGGCAAAGCCUUUAGUCAAAGUUCAAGCCUAUCAAGUCAUUGGAGAUUACAUACUAGUGAGCAGUCUUACAGGUAUAAUGAGCAUGGCAAAUUCUUCAGUGUGCUUUCAAGCCUAAGUUAAUACCAUCAGGUAAUCUAUAUUGGAGAGAGAUUUUAAUAAUGUUUUGAUGUGACAAGGCUUUUAGCAGGUGUCCCCAUCUUAGGCUUUAUUAGAAAAUUCAUUAUGGAUAGAAACCAGAUAAAUGUAAUUAUUGUGUCCUGUCUUUUAAACGAGGAAUUUAUUCACCGAAGAAUUCAUUCUGGAGAUUACCUCACAAAUGUUAUGAAUGGGAGAGAAAACUUUACUCGGGGCUCACAUCUCACUAAUCAUAAGACAGUCCAUACUGAACAGAAUGUUACAGCUGUUCUCCACCUUGGGACCGUUUUAUUUUUUUUUAACGCUCCUUAAUACCUGCCUCCAUUCUUGAAUAAGCAGUAUAUGAAUGUAUUUUUUCUUGUUCUUUCAUGUGUCUAAUUAAAUGUCAUGGUGUGCACCUUGA